CGCGGGCUUCCUGUCGCUUCCGGGCGCCGCCGCCGCUGCUCGGUCCUCAGAGAACAGUUGGCCGGGUUGUUUCUCAUCACCGCACUGAGCGUCGCCGAGAGAAAGAAACAUUGGAAAGUUACUCGAGGAACUUCACCUGCGUCUCGUUGGAGCAGAACUUCGAGUCGGAGGUUUAAAACAACAAGCCCGGUGUGUCGUGUCGCUCCUGGAGCAUCGGACACGUUACCCACCAUGGGCUUCACUUGAACCGAGGUCGAGCCACGCCCCCACCUGACCCCACCUGACCCCGCCUGGCCCCGCCAUCCUAAACCAUCAUGGCAGACAGUUUCUACAAGUUGGAGGAUGAAGUCCUUCCCAGCUUCCUGUGUGAGUCCGGUGUGGACAGCUUCAGCGGCGGUCGUGCCACACUGGGGAACGUGACCCUAGGCUCGGGCCCGGGGCUGCCGGUGGCCGCCUCCACGGUGGCGAGGGUCAGACCCAGGGCCGACAACAGAGAAGAUCCCGGUGAGUCAUAUCUGGAUGACACGGAGUUGAAGCAGGCCAACUCACAGUCAUCUUUUGGGGAAAAGCCUAAGUUUGCCCUCAGCUUUAAAGAUGACUUGGACAAAGCAGACGACUUCAUCGCGGCCCAUCGUCUUUCAGACCUGCUGGUGAAGAUUAAUCUGGAUGAGAGCGUAUCUCAAAACCAAGGCUACGGCUCCAAGAUGGCGCUGCCUCCCGCACAGAUGGGCUCAGUGCAUGGGUGGCCCACAGAACUUGGAACAGAUCUGUCAUCGGGGCUUCUGGCGCUUUCCCAGUUUGGAUAUAAAGAGAGAACAGAUGCAAAGGCCUCACCAGCUACAGUUGGGGAGGACAAUGUGCAGAGCGAGGGAGAUGACAGUGACCACUUCAAUGGCAGUAACUCCAGCUUCCUGGCAAAUGAGAAGCUCAUGUCUGUGGACAGCAUGAACAGUGACAUCACAGAUGAUGAUGAUGACGACUUGAACAAUUUGCCCGAUGAUGAACUGGAGCUGUAUUUCAAUAAGCUGGUACCUCCUGCCAUGCAGAGAGGCAGAGUGGAGGGCCAGGAGAUUCCUUCAACGGGACUGUCUGGUGCUGCUGACGAUCUUUCAAACCUACGUUCUGCAGAGCCAGAACAGUACAGGCACCAGUUCCUUGAUGACUAUGACCAGGGGGACUUCAGGAUGCCUGAUGUGCGUCUGGCUGCGACAGGCAUGGACUCUUGUCCCGCCAGUGACGAGGACACCGAGGACGAGCUGGAGUCGGCCAGAAGGAACAACAGUGCAACCAGAACACGGCUGCUGCCGAGCACCUCCAGACAACUGGUUGGAGAGAGUAAUCGUCCCAGCUUCAGGCCGGGUUUAGAGGGAGGCAGCUCUGAUGAUGAGUCCUUCAGUGGCCGCAGCGGUCCGUCUGUGACUGGGAUCGAACACCGACGAUCUGCUGAGGGACAAGUCAUCAACCCUCCUGUUACAGGGGACGGAGGAGGUGGAGACGGGAGCAGUGGGAGUGAGGAAAGUGGAAAUUAUGGGUCCGUGUCCGUCUCCCUUCCAACGACUAACGUCCAGACCACCUAUGCCGUCCUGCGCGGGCUCGGCAUUGUGGGUAGCAGUGCUGUCGGGGAAGAGGAAGACGGUGAUCUGAAUAACCUGGUAGGACACGGAAGAAGCAGCCUUUCUCGACAUACUGAGAUGGGUGAUCGGGUGGGUCCUGUGGGGACGGGGGAGUCAAGCUCCUCUCUGGGGCCCUCACAGAGACUCUCUCCUGUCGACUGGAGCAUGGUGCUGGACCGACAGGGGGCACUGGAUGCCAUGGAAAGCACGGAGCCUGGGCCCACUGUUGACUGCCUCUUGGACUCGGUCUACCUGAAGAGUGGAGCUGGACUCAAAAGACCCCAGAACUUAGAAAACCUGACUGUGUCCCACCUUCAGGGCACCCAGGGGAGCUUCCACCUCUCCCAGGUGCUAUUCCAAGAAUGUGAUGACAUGGAUGAUGAGGAGGAUGAUGAUCACAGUGAAGUGGAUGAACCUGAUGGUGCCAGGCCCUCCUUAGGUUUGAGGGGAGGGCCCUGUGGUGAUGUGACCGCUGCAGAGGCCUCGGGCAGCGCCAGUGAGGAUGACACAAAUCCUCUCUCCACCUCCCUGGAACCCAAGUAUUUCUCCCAGAGCUUCCACCAGGAGCCUGAAGAUUCAGUUGAGUGGAACCACUGUCCAGACAACCUGGAGCUGGAGUUUCAACAAGGUGCCAGCACCACUAACGGUGUGGUGUACCAGAAUGAAGAAGGGCAGUGGGUGACCGACCUGGCGUAUUACUCUUCCUUUGCCAAAGAGGUUGAUGGGAAGACAUCAGAGGAUACCAGCCAGUUUCAAACGGAGAGCUUUGUUAAUGCCAGUGAUGCUAUGGAAAAGAUAGUGAAAGAUCAAGAGGAGUUUGAAAAAGAGCAUCAGUUCAUUCAGGAGGAGAAGAUUGAACCGGCCGCAAGCAACAACGACACCUUUCAGAGUGACUCCUCGUGGAAGGCUCCCACCAACAGCCACGUCCUGAUGAGGACCUCCCAGGUCUGCUCCGACUUCAAGCAGGGCGACCAGAGCUACCUGCGACUCUCUUUCGGGGAGUUUUUUGGACAACGCUCCGAAGCCCUUGGCUGUUUGGGCAACAUGAGCGAUGUGGAUGGAGUCAAACGGCCGUCCUUCGGUUACAUCAUCACCUCUCCAGAGAAGAGGGAACCCUUUCCGCUCAUUCACCCCACAGAGUUUUCAGCAACAGUCACAUCGGCGCACAGUGACACCAUGGAACUCAGUGACGCAGACAAGACACUCAGCCCAGAGGACCUCGACAAAACUCUUGAGGCUCCAGGUGAAAGGAUGUCGCCAAAAGGGGAUAUUAAUCCAGAACGCAACGAACAGGAGGACCACACUGUCUGCGCUGCACCACCUCACCCAAAUGACGACUCUGGCUCCGAGUCGAGCUUGUGCAACCAAAGCGGUGUCCCCCACGACAACAGCAGCAGUCCUCUGAUGCUGAGCAUCAGCACCAUUGCGUCAGCCAUUGCAGACGCGUCCAUCAGCACUGACCCGUCGCAGCUGGCUGCCAUGAUCAUGGAGCUCUCCAAGAGGAGUAAGGCAAGGAAACACCCCACGUGUGCCGGGGCUGUUGGACCUGCUCCUUGCAGCACAGAGGAACCACAUUCAUCUGAACAUAUCCUCUCCGAGUUAGAUCAAAGUGCCGUGUUGGACACACUGCAGAGAAGCAUCCGUGUGGGAGAGCUGAGCGCCUUCGACAUGGAGAAAUACCUGAAAACGAACGACGUGUCCGGCACCUGUGAUUCGUCCGUGGCACAAACUACCUUUGACCUGACCAGAUGGGCUGACAACCUCAGUAGGAACCCCCAGACGGGAUCCCCUGAGGACCAGAGCAGCUCAUCUCCGCAAGUGGACAGUGAGACUCAAAAGACGCCACCUGCCGUGUGCCCUUCAAACGCAUUAUCACCAGGCAAUAAGGGCGAAUCAAAAAGAAGCUCUAUUCCCACUUUCAGCUCUGCCAGAAGAUCUGUGGGAUCGGGGCAGUAUUCCAUACUCAAGCCCCUCGCAGACAAAAUGUCAGCUUGUGAUAACACCACUUCAUCUGCAAAAAAAACUUGUGAUUCCACAGGUAGGACCCCCACAGAAAAUGGAGUAAAGCCAAGAGGACAAGACCCACAAGCAUCCAACAGUAAUAGGUCUUCUUUAGAACCGCUGCAUGAGAGUGAUAAAACCUCUGCUGCCUCGUCGGGAUGGAGGAGAGGAGAGUCGGGCCUGCCCUGCCCUAAAGGUCACUCUCCACCGGGUCAGAGGGUGAGGGGUGUAGACCACCAGCAGCAGGACAGACACAGUAUUUUUCCAGAAAAGAAACCACCAUCCCAAAUGGUUUCAGCCGAUCAUCUGCCUCGUAGCUCUGUGGAGAAACGCGUUGGCUCCUCCUCUUGCCAAAACACCCAGCCUCCACGAGACCCUGCAUCCGAACUCCCCGAGGGGUUUCCAGAGUCCUGUGUGGAGCAGACGCAGUGUAACUUCAGACCGUCCACCUCCCCACUCACCCACUCCUCUCCAAGUCAGACCUCCAUUCCCAGCACUAAUGGGAUGGUGUCGCCUCCGUCCAGUGGAGACAAACGUGCCAGUCUCGACCUCUCUCCUCAGUCAACCUGCUCCAGCCCAAGCUUCAGCAGACUCACGUACAUCUCGAUGAACGAUGGCACCGUCAUACCGACACCCGAGAGAAAAAAGCAGAACAACUGUACCAUGGCACUGAGCACCACCAUCAUCAGAUUCAGUCCAACUCCACCAGUGGGACCAGAUGAACCGUCUGUUCUGGAUAAUCCUCGCCCGCCUAAAAGCCUGGACCAGGUGCCACCGCAGCAUUCAAAAAGUCUGGACCCGUUACCAGCACCGCAGUGUAAAAGCCCACAGGCCUCACGUUGCGGCUCCGCUCUGAGCUGUUCUCGCAGUCAGAGCGAAUGUAACUACCACUGCCUUGGUGACCGGACCAGUGAUCUUACAGCAGGUUGUAGGACCCACAAGCACCUCUGUGAAUCCAACAUGAGGCAGCUCACCAAAGUGGACUCGGGCUAUUGUAGCAAUCUGAACAUUCAGCAAACCAGAAGCAUGGGAGCUCCUCAGAGCUCCCAGCAGUGGGGCGCCGUGAGCUCAGAUCCGUCGCCGGUGUACGCCGGCGGCAUUGGCCUUCCUCCAUCCUACUCGUCAUCAGAGGGAUUUCACUAUGUGCCCAUACCCAGCUUCAAGGCCCAGUGUGCCGGCCUGAUUGACCUUCCCCACCAAGGCGAUGUGCAGUCCCUCCUCACUGGACGCUCUCUAUACAACUCCCAGCUGGCUCAGCAGUAUCUGGGAUCUGACGCUCCGUUACAUCCUAGUGCUUAUCCAGGAAACGGUCUCUACAGCAUGUCUUCUACAGGUACAUCCAACGACGAUCUAACGACGAGGCACAUCCAACCUCCAUCAGGGCCUUUGGUGAAUUCCGCAGCCGCCGGAUCUCAUCACCUCCCCAGACCCCAUCAGAACCAACAGGACAUGGGGAGGAUGGGGAAACCCUACUGCCACUACGACGCAGAGCCACUGGGGGCAGGUGGUCUCGAGGAACUGAGAGGCCAAGUGGUGGUACCGGUGGAGCUGCGCUUCCCUCAUGCCUGCUGCGUCGGCAUUGCCUCGCAGACCUCCCUCAGCCUCUUCAACCCCUCCGAGAGAUGGCAGCAAGUUUCGAUCACUGUCACCGGCCUGGCUAUUGAUGGAGAGAAGGUGGAUAGCUUGUCGUACCAGUGGCUCAUAAUCAAGAACAAGACGAUCAUUGGGCCGAAGAGCACCGAGGAGCAGAAAGUGCUGUUCAUACCUCCGCAGGCCGGUGUCUACCAGUGUGUCCUCAGUGUUUGCUCCUGGCCUGCGUCUGCUGAGACGGAGGUUGCCGCCAGGGCUAGUAUCUUUGCUAGACGGGUGGUGCUGGUCGCCAUCGCAGAGAAUCCUGCAGUAGAGGUUGAAGCGAGCAAAUCCGGCUAUUUGGAUUUUGGAGACCUUCCAGGAGGCAGCGCCAAAUCACUUCCUCUCAAACUGCUCAACAAGACGCACGCCACAGUGCCCGUCCGUCUGGUCAUUAGUGCAAACGCCACAGCGUGGCGAUGCUUCAACUUUUCCAAGCACCCUGGUGUCAUGACCUCUGAAGCAGCACAGCAGGCCGGACACAUCAGCCCAGUGUCCUCGCCCUCCGUAAUGAAUCACGUGAUGCACGCCAGCUAUGGAGAGAAUCCAGAAAGCAUCAUGGUCUGGGUACAUUUCAAAGCCCCACAGAAAUACACAUGUUCAGGAGAGCUGGGUCCGCCUGACGAGUACAUUGCUCGGGUGGACAUAGAACUGGACUCUCCUGGUCCGAGUCGUGUGAUCUGCAGUGUUCCCCUCAGUGCCAGAUCUGGAACUGCCAGGGUCCACGCUCCGAAAGACCUGCAGACUCUCAGUCUGUCUGCUCCGCUGGGUACGUCUAGUAAACAGAUGCUGCCAUUAAAGAACGCCGGAAAUAUUGACGUGCAGUUGAAACUCAAGAGCAGUGAUGAUGAGGGCAGUUUCUCUGUGACCCCUGAUGAACUCUUCCUGAGAGUGGGAGAGGAGCAGGAGGUCACAGUUUCCUUCAAAGCACAGGCCAGCAGGAAAUGCAGAGAAAGCCUCCUCACCAUCCUGGUGUUGCCGUCGGGCCCUCAGUAUGAGGUAACCCUGACAGGAGCCGUCGCCCCCGAGGACUCUGGGAAACCUGCCGUUCCCUCUGCUGCCGUCUUUGGCGCUGGCCUGACGAAAGACAUUCCACCGAUUCUCUCUAAUAAACAGUUCAUUGCUUGGGGAGGCGUCACUCUGGGACGGGCUGUCCAACAGAAGCUGGUUCUACGGAAUAACUCCACCAGUGCCACACAGCAACUUCGGCUGCUCAUUCGCGGUCAAGACCAAGACUGUUUUCAGCUCCAGAGCAUGUUCAGCCCAGAGGAGCGUCUGACCCGACAUGGGGAGCUGUCCAUCCGUCCCCGAGAGGACGUGACCGUCCACCUGCUCUUUGCUCCCACCAGGGUGGCUUCCAUGUUGGCCAAGCUGGAGAUCAAACAGUCUGGAGUCCGACCUUCACAGCCAGGGGUCAAAUUCACUAUUCCACUGUCGGGCUACGGUGGGACCAGCAACAUCAUCCUGGAGGACCAGAGGAAACAGGCCGACAGCUACCUGGCGAUGCUGACCGACGUAGCUGUCGGACGCGUCAGCAAAGUGUGUCUGUGCGUGAGGAACACGGGCUCCAGAGCAGCCUUCAUCAAAGCCAUGGCCUUUUCGGACGUGCAGACCCGGUCGGUGUUGCAGCCCUCCGUCAUCAGCCUCGCCCCAUCGCAGUUUGUGCUAAAGGAGAGGACGCAAGAGGUGAUAACUGUGCUCAUGAAGUCGACCCAGAGAGAACAGAGCCUGUGUCAGUCGGCCAACGCACUGCUGGCUACCAUCUGUCUGUUCUGUGGAGAUGAGGUCUCCAGGCAGCAAUACAGGAGAUUGCUGCAGAGCAAACCGGAGGCUGCACGGAAAGCUCUGUCUGAGAACAGUCUGCUGAAGAACAUCGACUUCAACGAGAAGUUCCUUGGAGAAGAAAACGUUACAGAGACCUGCGACUUGCCCCAGCGGCCGAACGAAGCCCACAUCUUCUACGGCAACAUGAGUAAAGUGGUGGUGUCACUGCUGGGAAGCACGAGGAGCGCGGACUGUGAGGAGAGAGAACAUGAGCUGCUGCUGCCGCCCUCUGCUAGACGAGUGUCAGAGACAGACAGUGUUUUGGCAAAUGGUAGUGUGUCUUUGGAUGUGCUGCCAGUCAAGGGUCCCCAGGGUCCCGCGCUUAGAGCAACAGAACCCUCCUUUAAGGUGUUUUCCUCCCCUCAGGCUUCUGAGGCAUUCCAGAGACCGUCUGAGUCCUGGACCAUCCAUCCAGAACAGCUCGUCCUUACAACUCCUACCAUCAAUGGUGCAGCCUCCACCAGUCAGAUUCAGAUCCGAAACAACACAUCCAGAGAGCUGAGCUUUGAUUUGUCCUGGCCCGCUCACUGCCUCACCAUCACGCCCCAGCACGGAGUUAUCGACCCACAGUGCCACCUGCAGAUUCUAAUCAGCCCCAAUCCCUCACUAGUAACUAAACCUGCCUUGCUGCCGUGGAGUGGACAGGUUUACGUCCAGUGUGACGGUCAACAGAAGUUUAUUAAGGUCCAGAUUCGUCAGGACCUGGCUCUGGACGUUUCCGCAGCCCCAGCAGAUAGGACGCUCUCAGCCCUGCCCGCUCUCGCUGCCACCCCCGUGCUGCCUGUGGCCAGGCUCCCCACCGGGCCCUCGUUGGCCCUGCAGACCCCUCAGACCCCUCAGACCCCUCAGGCGCCUCCGGCCCUGGUGGAGAUCAGCAACAAGACCAUCGUCUUCCCCAUCACUCCCUCAGGGGAAACCUCAGAGGCUCAGCUGGAGGUGCAGAAUGGGGAGGUAGAAGUGAGGUGGUACCUGUCAUCAUUUGCCCCGCCAUAUGUCAAGGGGGUUGACAACACGGGAGAUGUUUACCGGGCCACCUACACCGCCUUCAGAUGCUCCAGGGUCUCAGGAACUCUGGGAGCCCAUGAGAAGAUGCAGGUGCCAAUCACCUUCCUGCCCCGGGACCGAGGGGACUAUGCACAGUUCUGGGACUUGGAGUGUCACCCAGUGUCUGAGCCCCAGCUGAAAACCAGAGGCCGCUUCCAACUCUGUGCCACUGGAUUAAAGUGUGGACCAGUGGAAGGGCCACAGGAAGGAGACCAUACUCUGGUUAAAACAGAGCCCACAGCCAAAAGCAGAAAGAGAACCGAUGCUUCGGCAGGCAAAACCAGCCAGGAGGAGGCUGUGUGGAGGGGCGUGUACUCUCCACAGGAUCUGUACACCUUCCCUGCCACGCGGGCGGGUGAGUCCAGCACGCUGAAGGUCAGCAUCCGCAACAACUCCUCCAGCACGCACGAGCUGAAAUUUGUAAACACUAAGGAGCCGUUCCACAUCAAGCAUUCCAAAUAUUCCCUGAGAUCACAGCACUACCUGAAGCUGCCCGUCCAGUUCAGGCCGAGCACCGCGGGCAGACACGUCGGCUCGCUGCUCGUCCAGUCAGAGACAAGUGGAAGUCUCGUUAUUCAGCUGAUUGGUGAGGCGGCGCCUCAAACUCACCACGCAGCGCCCUACACCGCCCCCUCAUGAAGACCGGCUCCGUGGUGGAGGCUCAUCUCUGUACUGAAAUGGAGGAGAAGGAAAAAGAAAAACUGCCAAAAUAUGCAAAGGGUCAAAUAUACUGAAAUCAUUCCUCGACUGAGAACCUGCUGCCCAACGUCUGCUCCUGGACGAGGCACAGUCAGGUGUUAUGAAUAUCUGGUCAUCAGUCGGUCUGAACCUCUCUGGUCUACAUCUCGGAGAGUCAGCGAGUUUUUGCAACUUGACCGUGGAACUGGUUAUUUGCCUUUUUAUCCCCGAGUCGUGUCACAAGGGAGCAUGUUGCAGCCGCGGCCCGUCAGACUGCAGCAGCGGUUGGGAUACGUUGGAGACCAGCUCACUCAGGAAUGCCUUUGUUUCUUGUUUGGUAACACGACUGCAGUGAUUUUGUUUUGUCUUUGUUUUGUAUUUUUACAUAGUAGAUGAAAAGAUGCAGAUUUUUUUUAAAGAGUCACAAACUGUUUGGUCCGUCAACACCUCACCAGGUUUCCUGACGUCUUGUGUGGACGUGGCUCCUCCUCCUCAGCACACAGACAGUCCAGAUGUACUUAUUGUGGACGCGAUCAUGGAAGUUCAGCAUGAUUGUUGUUACACGCUUAAAGAGUUUCCUCUGGUGGAGGUUUUUUGGUUGGUCUUUUUUGUUCAGCAGCAUUGCCACACCUGCUCUAGUCUGGUUGCCAUGGUAAGACAGUGUUUAUUACAGUUCAAGACACACAAAAUUAGCUUCCCCCCCAUUUAUCCUCUUUUGGCGCGACAGGGCCAAUGGACAAAAUUGCACAGGGGGGUUGGAUUCACAUCCAUAAAUUUUUAUUGUUUUGUAGCUGGAUGGGGAAACAUUUGUGAACUUCUGUGUUGUGAUCCAAAACAAAACACUAGUGACGAGCAACAUUUACACGUUUGUAUAGGAAUUUUUAAAUAUGAAGGUACAAGGCUGCACUCGAUGUGUCCUAGACAGUUCAUCCAUUACACGAUUUACAAUUUGCACAUGCUUUAAAUAGAAUAUUAUGUAAUAUAUUGUUGUAUGUACACACUUAAAAUAAAAACUUGUGAUUAAUAA